AUGGGAUAUUAUGAGAGUAAUCCUGAGUGGGAUGAUGUAAUUCCUAUUGCCCAGUUCGACGGUGAGGGUGCUCUAGCAGCUAUUGCAUACACAGAGGAGUAUUCUGAAGCUAUGAGCUAUCUCCGAGCGGUUAUUGCCUCAAAAGAGUAUUCAAUACGUGCCUUAAACCUCACCGCACACGUUAUAUCUCUUAAUCCUGCUCAUUACACUGUUUGGCUUUAUCGCGCCUCUACAAUAUUUAGACUAAAAGCCUCAGUUGCCAGUGAGCUGGACUGGCUCAGCAAUAUUGCUCUCACAAAUCAAAAAAAUUAUCAAAUAUGGCACCACCGCCAGCUACUCAUUGAUCAUCUAUUCCCUACCAUUGCUAAAGACCUAUCCGCAAUACAGAAACUAGCCCAGUCUGAAACGGAAUUCAUGGAACAAAUGUUUGACGAAGACAGCAAGAACUAUCAUGUAUGGAGCUAUCGUCAAUACCUGGUCCAAAAGCUCAAUCUUUUUAAUCAUGCUGAGCUAUCGUCCAUUGAAGCCCUACUUGAAAAAGAUAUCAGAAAUAAUUCAGCUUGGUCUCAUCGCUUUUUUCUUGUUUUCUCGAAUCCUGAGUACGCCAACCUUCGGUUAGCUGCUACAGAACACGACCCUUUAAUCCCCAUCUCUAUCAUCGAUAGAGAAAUAAAAUUUGCCAAGGAGGCUACGUACCAGGCACCUCAAAAUCAAUCCCCUUGGAAUUAUUUGAGAGGUGUGCUGAGAAAAGGGGAUCGUUCCAUUAUAUCUGAAGAAGAAUGGGCAACAAGGUUUGUUAAUAUUAGCAAGGAUGAAACUGCAACGUACACAUUUGUAGCAAGCUCGCACGCCUUAGAAUUUCUAGCAGAUAUCUGGUCAGAGAAAGGUGAAUUUGGUAAAGCAGAUAAGGCACUAACUCUACUUGGUGAAAAAUACGAUCCUAUUCGUAAAAAUUAUUGGGAAUGGAAAAGACUUGGACUAUCAACUAAUUUAAAAUAA